AUGGCCCAUUACAACUCCAAUUACUCCCAAUACCCUGCAGACAUGCACUACUCUCCCUACGACGCGGAUUAUCUCCCUCACGGCGUUGCCACCGACCCGAGGAUGCUCGACGCGUCGUUCCCUUUGACCCAACAGGGUUCAUAUCCUUCUAAUAUGGUUCAAGGCCAUCCAUACUUCGAGCCCGAGAUGUUCCUCGAGUCAUCCGACGACAUGUUUUACUCGAGCGGCACGUACACUGCUGCCCACGCCCUCGACGCGUCUCAUCUCACCUACCCGCCUGGAAAUGGAACCGUCUGUCCGAAGGACUUGGACGUUCGCGAACAUUACCAUGGUCAAAUGCAUGUCUAUGGUGAUUACAACACAGUGCCACGCAUUCAUACAUCAUCUCCGAUGGACAUUACCCCCGCCUUCAGUAGUCUCGACGAAUCUGCUCGUUGGUACUCUGGGGCGAGCAGCACCCCACCCAACGAGGACAUCUCUUCGGGGAGUGAUGGCGGAUCAGACGACCAUCAUGUCAUGCACGUCUCACCAUCGCCUCCCCAUGUCCCAGCGCACCCAUCGACGCCUCCGCGCGAGCCCACAUCUGCAACCCAGGAGACUUCAGCGAUCAAACCGUCCAAAUCCUCAUACUACCGGUCACGCGUCGCGUUACCUACUUCUCAUCCAACCCCUGUUCAGCAGUCAGCCUUGACUGGUUCAGCACGUGCAGGGCCCAAGGGUGCGCUCUCUGGGUUAGGAUUUGUGAACCGAAAGGUCAAGGCAUGCUCCAGCUGCAAACGGCGCAAGGUUCCAUGCGCUGUUCCUUUCCCCGGCGGUCGAUGCAACCAAUGCCUUCUCAAGCCGGAUCUCCCAUGUAGUCUUGUGUCAUCCUAG